AUGAAAGAGCCCCCCAAAGUCUAAAAAGGAAAGAAGAUCUUACCUCAAUAUGCAUUUGGCAAUUCUCUCGAAUCACCUUCCUUCUUCCGUAAUCCCAACACUUUGAUUUGCAGAGAAAGCUAUGACAAUCCAUUCCUCAAAGUCAGAGCUAAACCUCACAGUAAAUGGCAAACCCUCAGAAGUAGCACUCUCAACAAUUUUGAAUUUUAUAAUGUCUCUGAACAGAAAUUCGCAAAUCUCCCCAAUAAAGGAUACAAAAAUGUCAAAAUAGUAAACACUGUAACCAAUCAAGUGCAUUAUGUCCAAACUCCUCAAAUCCGAGGGGAUGAACAAACUUUUCAACUUGCCUACAAAACUUUGCAAUAGAAAUCAGGUCUUUUUGGCAGAAAGAACGAAUUGUUCACCGAUUUCAUUGAGAAGAAUGAUAAUCAGAAUGUUUAUGGCCAUUUGAAUGAUAGACAAAGACCAAAAGGACGUUUGAGAGAUGUCAAGAAUUACAGCCUCACUCCUUAGGAAUUCCAAAUUUAUAAAAAAAGGUCCAGCCAUUAUCUCAAUUCCAGUCCUAGUAAAGGCUUAUAAAAAACAGAAGUGCCAAUAUUCAAUUAAAACCAAUAAUAAAAAGAUUAAUAAGUUGAAAAGUACUACUCAAAAGAUUAAAGUUAUCUCAACUCGCUUAACAAUUCGAUUAUUAUAACUUAAAUAGAUAAGCAAUUAAAGAGAAAGAAAUAAGAUCGAUAUAAUGCUGAUUUAAAGAUAUUGGAUUACAGAGAAAAUGAUAUUGAAUUGAUUGCCAAAUUCGAAGAACACUUAGAAUUUGAAAAAUUGUAUGGAAAUUGA